AUGUCAGAAAUGACAGAGAAGAAUGGGCAGAAUUUCUGGCAGGCACAGGUAUUUCUAAUGGAGAAACCAGAACCGGAUGAGGAGCCAGAAUGCAAAGAAGAAAAAAGAGGCUCUCUGCAUGUUCGGAAGUCUGAAUUGAGUGAAGUUGAAGAUGAUGUGUAUCUGAGGCAUAGCUCUUCCCUGACUUAUGGGUCUUGA